AAUAAUCCACAGAAAUCAGAGUUAGUGCUCUUACACACUUAUAUACAUUACUCAAAGCAUAUGUAUUAAGUAAAAAUAGCACACAAAAAUGGCAAGGUUUUCUAUACUUGAUAAAAAUGGUUUUAUGUUGGUUCUUUUAUUAUGUCUAGAAACUACUAGUAUGCUCACAAAUGCAGAAAUAUCCACAGAUCUAUGUCCAAUAUUAUUUCAUGCACCCACACCCAUCACACUAUCCAAUAAAUUUGCUUGUGACAAUACUACCCUUACACUUGCCUCAACCGAUUACGGUUUUGUGAUUAACGAAAAGCCGUUAGCGGUUCUUGAACCAACUUCCACGCACGACAUAACAGAACUGAUAAAGCUGUCAAAUUCCCUUCCUACCCCUAUCCCAAUAGCAGCUAGAGGGCAAGCACACUCGGUGUACGGACAAGCGAUGGCGCGUGACGGGAUAGUGGUGAACAUGACGCAUCUGAACCGUUACAGGCACGGGAAAGGGAUUGUUAUAUUUCGCGAUGAGAAGGAUCCAUGGAAUUCUUAUGCUGACGUGGGCGGGGAGCAGGUGUGGAACGAUGUGUUGCAUGCCGCACUGGAAUAUGGACUCACACCACUCUCGUUUACUGAUAGUUUGGGCACUUCGGUUGCCGGAACCCUCGUCAAUGCCGGAGUUGGUGGCCAAGUAUUCAAAUACGGCCCUCAGAUCUCUAAUGUUUAUGAACUCGAUGUUAUUACUGGAAAAGGAGAUCACGUGACCUGUUCUGCCAAAAAGAAUUCAAAAUUAUUUUACGGUGUCCUUGGAGGUUUAGGACAAUAUGGAAUAAUCACUAGAGCAAGAAUAGCUUUAGGUCCCGCCCCAGCAAAAGUGAAGUGGCUCCGUUUGCUUUACACUGAUUUCUCUGAAUUUACUAAGGACGAAGAACACUUAAUUUCAGUUCAUGGAAGAAGUGGCAGCAAUGGAUUCGAUUUCGUACAAGGUUUUCUUAAGAUAGAGUAUUGGCCUGAUGACCUUUCCUUUUAUCCAAUGGAAGAUGUGCCUCGCAUACAUUCCUUAGUGUCCCAACAUAACAUCAUUUAUAUCUUAGAGCUUGCUAAAUAUUAUGAUGAUAGUAAUCAAGCCGACAUUGACGAGGACGUGGAAAAUUUGAUCAAGGGGUUGAAAUACGUUCCUACAUUUAAAUUUGAAAGGGACGUAUUGUACGAGGGUUUCCUAAAUAGGUACAACUUUGUUGAUCACCUUCUUGCGGCACAAGGGCUUGCAGAGGCACCAAAAUCUUGGUUGGAUCUCUUUGUUCCAGGAUCCAGAAUUUCAGAUAUAAAUGAAGGUGUAUUCAAGGAAAUUGUCUAUAAGCAAAAUAUUACUGCCAUUGGGAUCAUGUUAGUUUUUCCCAUGAACAAAGCAAAAUGGAAUGAUAAAAUGGCGGUGGCAAUACCCGAUGAAGAAAUAUUCUACCUUGUGAGUCUUCUACAUUAUGUUUCACCCGAUAAAUAUGAAGCAUCGAGUACUCUAAAAUAUCAAGUAUUAGAUUUCUGUAAAAAUUCGGGUAUUGGGAUAAAAGCAUAUCUUCCAAAAAACAAAACUCACGAAGAAUGGAAGGAGCAUUUUGGACAUAAAUGGGAAAGUUUCAAAGAUGGAAAAGAUGAAUUUGAUCCCAAAAGAAUAUUGGCUCCUGGACAAAGAGUUUUCAAUUGAAAACAACGAGAGGUUUCAAGUUUCAGUACGUCUUGUUUUAAUUAAAUAGAUCAAUAAGCAGUUUACUUAGUGUACUUUGGAUAUUAAAUUUUAAUGUAUGCUCUUGUCAUAUGUAGUCAAUAAAAUAACAUAAGCUCUUGUUAUAUGAA